AUGCAGGAAUCGGUGCCGGGCUUGUCUAUUAGGAAGGCGAGUUUGCGUGCGACUGCGGACUUUGAAGGGCAGCGUGUGUUUGGUGAUGCGGUAUACCACGUGGCGUUCCCUAUAGGGUUUCAUUCGACGACGUUGGAGCAGGCGUAUGGGUUGUUAUGUGAGCGAGAGGAGGCGGCGUUAAGCAAGUUGGGUUUGGAUAGAGAUCCGAGUCGGUUGGCGCGUAAGUUGGGUGAGCUGUAUAGUGGUCAUGCGGAGGAGGGAGUUGAGGAGUUUAACCGGAUAAUGCGUGCAUUUCGGCCGGAUGGUGCGAUGCGAUUGCCGGACCCGGAUUUUUGUGCGUCGUUCAGUGUUGCAGGGAGGACGCAGAUCUCGGCGGUGAGUGUGAACGAGUGUCUGGCGCCGUUUACGACGAUAUGUUCUUUGGACCCGGCGAUGGUGCCUCGAGCGGGCGCCGUGCCUUUCGUACCAGGCGACCGGCACACUUUGGCGGAGUUUGACGCGGAUAUUGUCCCGCGUUUGGAUGAGCAAAACACAGUCUCAUUGCUCGUCUCUAUUCCCAUUGUGGUCCUGCGGUUGGCGCUGCUCAAGAUGAGUGCUAGCAGUCGGCCCAAUGCCCAUUCGCCUAAUGCUCACUCGCCGGCGGCACAUUCCCCUGCGGGUGUCAUUUCGUUCCCGCUUCAAGUCAAAAUCUCUUUCCUCUUGGACAAACCCACAGCCCACACGCACAGCCUGUACUUUGUGGAACACGUGCACCAGAGUGACGUCAAGGCGCCGCUACACUCCUGCCCGCUGCUCAUCACCAGCCAACGCGUGCCCACCUGGAAUACUAACGUGCCCUGGUUCCCCACCGCGCCUUUCCAGAAACCCGUGCCCUGGACGCUCGUCUUCCGGGUACCCAAGCACAUGACUACCCUAGCCAGCGGCGUACUCGUCGAGGAAAGAGAAGUCGUCGAAGAUGGCCAGGUCUGGCGCGAAACCGUACGCCACACCGAAGACUACAGCCUCCUCCCGCUCCAAAUCUGCUGGAUUGCAGGCCCCUUCGUCUCCAUACCCGCCUCGGACCCCUCCCUAGCACCAUUCAAUAUCCCCAAAGAAGACGCCGAGAAAACCCAGGGCGGAGGCCCCACUCCCGGCGGAGCACCGACCCCCGGUGGAGCCCCAACCCCGGGUUCCGCUUUCAGCUCAGCCUUUACUCCAGGUCUAGGCAGCUCCACUACUCUGGGCGGAUCCUUUUCUCCGGGCUCCGCCUCCGGCGGAGCGCCUACAGCCGCCAGCGAGUUGGACGACCGCCAGCAGCCAGCGUCGACGGACGGCCGCGAGUUGGGACUGCGGUACAUCAUCCUGCCUGGCCACGAGCGGCGGCUAAAGGUCUCCAUCUGCCACUUGGCCAAGGUCGUGUCUCUGCUAACCAAGUGGAUCCAGCGAAGGCACGUUCGCGACAUUGUGCUGGCCUUUCUCCCACUGCCACUCGGCCAAGUUGAGACCUCCAUGAACAGCGAACUGCCGCUGCACCCAGUUGCGCGGCACAAUCUUGCGGGCUGCCUCACCAACGUAGGCGACUUUCUCUACCGAGGCGUCGCCUUCGACAACCUCUGCGUCCUGCCGGUUGAUGAGCUCCACGGACACGACCUGCUAGGGGAACGGGCACGACUGAAGAAACUUAACAUCGUCGAGGGACUCCUGCACCUCUGGCACUGGCCCGGUCUCGACCAGACCGCCAAGCAACACCUGUGGCUGGUCGUCGCCAUGCGUAAAUAUUUGCGACACCUCAUAGCAGCGGAACUCUUCGGCAAGGUCGAGUCCGCUAUGAUUCUACAGAAAACCUUAGACUUGUAUAUUACACUCUGCGACCGCGGCUGGGAACGGUACCCGCUGGCUUGCAGUAAAUCUCUAUCUCAUUAUUCAGUGUAA